AUGUCUCCCCGGCGGGGAGGGGGCUGCCUGGGAGACGCGCUGAGCGGCCCCCCCCGGAGGCCCGUCGGCGGCAGCAACAGCGACCAGCCCGGCGACCCGAAGCCUCCCCCGGCGGCGGCGGCCUGGAGGAGCCGCGCACCCGCCGCCGCCCCCGGAGCCUCGCAGCCGCCGCCGCCGCCCGGCGCCGGAGGAGAAGGCGGCGGGCGCCCCCCAGGGAAGAUGAAGGCGGAGGGGGGCGACCACUCCAUGAUCAACCUGUCGGUGCAGCAGGUCCUGAGCCUCUGGGCCCACGGGACGGUGCUGAGGAACCUUACGGAGAUGUGGUACUGGAUCUUCCUCUGGGCUCUCUUCUCCUCUCUGUUUGUCCAUGGUGCUGCAGGAGUGUUGAUGUUCGUGAUGCUACAGAGGCAUCGGCAGGGGAGAGUAAUCUCUGUCAUUGCAGUCAGCAUCGGAUUUCUGGCUUCCGUGACUGGAGCAAUGAUUACUAGUGCAGCAGUCGCCGGCAUUUACAGAGUGGCAGGGAAGAACAUGGCCCCCUUGGAAGCACUGGUGUGGGGCGUUGGACAGACCGUACUGACAUUAAUCAUCUCCUUUUCAAGGAUUCUCGCCACACUCUGAGGUUUCUGUGGGCAUGUCUUACUUCACAUAAGGAAGCAGAUGUACAGAUUCUCUGAAAAUGGCAUUGUUAACAAGGGAAUGAAAUUGUACAAGAAUGUGGAAGGAGCAGGUCAAAACAUAAGGCCUUGAGCUGUGUGGGAAGAUUGCCCUCUGGUGUUCAAGUGAUUGCACUACCGCACCGCACCUUACGUGCCUCCGUCCCAGGCAAGGCGCAUGACACUACGUGAAGCUACAAGAAAAAGCACCUUGUUUAGCUGCCAGUCAGGUUAACACUGGCGUUGAAUCAUCGUUCUUAACAGUGUUGUGUUAAGUUACAGGGACGUUUUGAAGAAUUGACAUAUGUGCCAAACUCUUUUCUUUUUUUUUAACAUUGAUCAUGUGGAAUUUGCAAGUGUAGAUGUAGAUGAGUGCUGUGAACAUAUCUGACAUGAAUUCAGGUGGUGUAGUGAGAUUUUUGUUUUGUAAUGCUAAAUCCCGUAUGAGUGCUGCAUACCGAAUCAUUUAAUAGGAGACAAAUUAUUUGAUUUUUAAUGUUGAACGUUUCUGGGAUUUAGGGCUUUCAUAUAAAUUAGGCAUUAUUGUUACUUACGUGAAAAAUAAUACUUAAUGGAAAACUGCUGAACUCUUUUAAGGACUCAAAGUAGAUCUAUAGGGUGCAUCCUUUUCACUCACUUAAGUAACACUCUUUUAAUAGUUUCCCUCAUACAUAAACAUUCUAUUGAUAUGAAUUUAAAAACUUUAUGGGUCAUACACAUUGAUUGUAGCUUGUGUGUCACAAAAGUAUAAUUUGAAAAUUUUCUUAUAAAUUUUGAAAGAAAUCUGAAAUGCACGUUGCAUUCUUGACCCUUCUAAAGAAAGUUUUUGCCAUGUAGCUCAUGGAGGAAACAUCUUUACAACUAGUAUCUCAGUGGGAUUAUAUCACUUGUUGCAUAUACCUUGAUUUUUGACAAAACGUAAGCAGUCAUUCAUUCUAGAGUAUUAACUGUAUUUAAAGAGUGGCCUAAAUUAGGCUAUGAAAACAAGAAGCCUCAUUUGUAGAUAAGAAACAUAUAGGAAGAGUAAUAAGCUAUCUUACUUUGGGUAUGUGGUAGCAUCAUAAUUUCUCUGAGUAAAAAUUGGGGAAUAUAGUAAAUAAUUAUAAAAUUUGGCAACAAAUCUCAGCAUAUCAACACAGUAUUGAAUGCAUACUUGAGUUAUUCAUUUCAGUUGUUCAGCUCUUGUUUUAUGCUGUUAUUUAAGUUUACUAGAAUCUGUGAUGACAUUUAUUAGAAUGAAAAAAUCCUUAGAGGUUUUAAGAGGUUUUGGCAAUAUGUAAUUGUAUUUAAGAGUACAAGAAGUAAGGGCAACACAGAACGUGGUGGAAUUUGUCUCCUACUGAGAUUUUUUUAAUACCAGGUACAAUUAUAUAUAUGGUAACUCAAAGGAAGAGCCAACUGCAGAAAAUAUAAGUUAAGGACAAUCCAAACAAUAAUCUGAUACUCUAGCCUCACUGUUUUAUAACCUAAUUUGGAAAAACGUACAUUUCUAUUAGGUUCCAUGCAAAUAUAAGACCUUUGUUACCCACGGCACCGUUUCUCCACCAAAAAGCUGAGUAGUAUCAACAACUCACCGAUGAGGAACUGGGGGUAUUUUACCAGUACGGAAGCCAGUUUGGGGCGGUGCGGGAGUUUAACAACACUGUGGCUUGGAAAUUUGUUUUUAAAAACCCAAGAAGCAAGUAUGCAUUCUUAGAGAUCUUUAAAGUAAAUCUUAAAAUUGAUUCUUUUUAUUAUGUUCAAGCCUGAAAUUGUUUUCAUGUGUUCUUUAUAUUCCUGACAUUUUCCUAAAUUAAAUUUAGGCCUAAAUCUUCCAAGUCAAUUUGAUUUUUCCUUUUCUGUUAGACUUGAAUUGUGUUCUUCCUUUACUUUGGUUAUUCUUUAAAUUCUUUAAAUUCUUUGGUCAAUAAUUUAAAGUGUUCAUAUUCUUUGGGAGGAAUUACCAGUAAUAUGUUGAAAUGGUUUGAGAUCUACAGAAAUGAAUAUUUAUUUUAACACAUGGUUAUUUUAUGUUUCAGAAAGUUACCAUGGUAAGGUAACAUGGAACACAUGGUUCAGAAUCUGAAAUUAGCCAGAAAAUAACUUGGACACAUUAAGUGUAUGGAUGCAUGGACCAAAGAGAAUGAAACUCCUGUUUCUGCUCUAGAAUGAAGUAUGAGAAGGUGGAUCAGUUUGUAGAGUGUCCUGCAGUUAUCUCAUUAUCAAGUUGCUUUACGUUAUGAGGAGUGUGUGUGUGUGUGUGUGUGUGUGUGUGUGUGUGCUUUUAACUUUUGGGGGAAUUUUUGGUUUCUCUGUUGUUUUUAGUUGCUUCCAUUGGGAUUUUGUGCAACUGUUACUAUUUCGAUGUUUUGAAAUGCAGUUGAUAGUGUGAAUUGAUGAAAUGUCUUAAUAGCUGUUUCUGUGAUGAGAUUUUUAAAAUGUUAUUGGUUUUCUUAUAGAGACAAGUAACAUUUAAUGAUAUAUAUCUACAUACACAUAUAUCAUUAUAUACACAUAUAUAUAUAUAAAGCUGCUAUAUAUGAAUACAGUCUAAUUGGAAAGCUUUUGUUCAAUGAACACUUGGACAUUAUCGUGGAGAACUUGAUACAUUUGCUCGGUUGAGUGAUCUUUUAAAUCAGUUUAAGGAACUUUGAGAUUUUUUAAUUUGGGGAAAGUUUUCUUGGUUUAAUAGUGGUAGAGAUCCUUGUUUGUGAUGUGACAAAAGCCCUUAUUGAUGUAUUUGGGUUAAAUCUUCUUAAAAUUUACAUGUGACUUAGCAGUAAAUUUUCUUUGUGAAAAAUGCAGGAGGGAAGGGGAGAAUCCUCUGCAGUUUACACUUCGUUAUUUUUAAAAAUGCUUAAUAAAAUAUUGCUGACAGUGAAAUCAGUUCCUCAGAGAAGAGACUCCUAUAUGCCCAAACUAAUUGUUAAUUAGUUAACACAGGGAGUUAACAUAAGGAGAGUCCUAAAUGGUGGCCAUAUUCAGUGUUUGUAGGUUAAUUAUUCUUACUUUAGAUCUUAGUGUUUACUGAACAGUGUUAUAGUUUGUAACCCAAUGUACUUUCUUAGUAUUUGCAGCAUACAUUUCUACUGCCCCCCCAAAAUGUGAGGGUUUUGUUUGUACUUUAAGUGAGAAAUAAAGAAAUGAGCUGCCCUGUGUAUCAUAUAUUUGUGAUGUAAGGAACAGGAAUAGUUUUUAAAAUGUUCUUGGAAAACGUCUUUAGAGAACCUCCAAUUAAGAUGAGGAGAGUGGGGCUGCCAUGUCAGUGUGCCCAAGCUGGCAGUUAAACGCCAGCGAAUUCAGUUUUGUAAACAUUUUUGGUGGAUCUACUAUGUACAAAGUGCUGAACCUGGUAUUUUCUGUAGUAAGUACAAGGAUGACCAAGAUGGGGUUCCCACCCUUGAGUCCCCAAGAGCUACCAAGAUGAUUUAAAUCCUAAAACAGUUGGGAGAAUAUCUUGCUUCUAGCUGAGAGCUUAAGUCCUGUUUUUUCCCCCAAUUCUGAUUUUUCUCAGUUUAUUAACCAAAUGGAAUACCGUGACAUAGAUUUGAAUCCAGGCCCUCCCACUUGUUGACUUUUUGUUUAUGAUGGUGAAACAGUACAGUCAGCUCUCCAUAUCUGCGGUUCCGCAUUCAGGGAUUCAACCAACCUUGGAUUGAAAUAUUCAGAAAAAAUUUCCAGAAAGUUCCAAAAAGCAAAACAUAAAUUUGCCCCACACAGGCAACUAUUCAUAUAGCAUUUACACUCUAUUUACACCAUUUACAUAGCAUUUACAUUGUAUAAGGUAUUAUAAGUAACCAAUAGAUGGUUUAAAGUAUAUGGGAGAAUAUGCAUAGGUUAUGUGCCAAUACUACACCAUUUUCUAUAAUGGCCAUUUUCUAUAAGCAUCCUCAAAUUUUGGUAUCCAUGCGGGUGCUGGAAUCAAUCCACUCUGGAUACUAAGAGACGACUCAGUAUUUAACAGUAAAUGAUCAAUAGUCAUUAUAAUUUUUUUUAAAUACACUUUGCAAUACCAAUUGAAUAUAUUGUUUUGUAAGAGUCAACUGUUUUCUUCCAUUUCUACAUUUUCCCUACAUAUAUUUUAAGAUGGAAACUAAAAAAUUUCUCUUAUAAUGUUGCUUCUCCUCUCCACCUCUUUAGUUUUUAAAUCAGCAGAUAGUUCUCUAAGAGCACUUUUGGGAAUUGGUGGCAAUGGAAAUGGCAGGGCAAGCCGAAUUCAAUAUCAGGCUGUGUUUAUUACUAGUUAAAACAGGGAAAGGGAGAAGUAGCCGGGAUUUAGCCCUUACCUUAUCCUGCUUGCUUCUUUUGGAUUUACUCAGCCAAUAUUCAUUGAAUCUCCACUACACGCAACUUACUCUCCUUGCUUUCGGGGUGGAGGGGUGUCCCCUCUCUCUGUGUACCUCCCACCGCCCCAGCCUGUGGCUUCACCGUGCCGGGUGAGAACAGAACUGGGCUGCAGUGUCUGCCACGUCCCUCCUUCCAUGGACCAAAAGUGCUUAAGCCCUACUUGUUGUUUGUUUGUUUUUAACUUAAAAGGAAAUACUUUUAUUUUUAAUUUAUGUCCAUUUUAUAAUUCAAGAAGUAACAAGAUGUUAAGAGGACUUUCUGAAAUGUUCUCAAGCUACUUCACUCUCACUAUUACAAAUGUUUCUCUCAGAAAGUUUUAAUCAGAACUCUUCAAAGAGUUGCCAUUUGUUUUUAAGAUGGAAGAAUGUGGAAAGUUACUGAAGAAAUUCUAGUGACCUAGAUUGCAGAGAAGUUUGGCAACACUUGGGUAACUGGGUAAACGGUUGUUUCUUUUAAUAAUCGGGUGAGAAUCUCAGUGGUUAAAGUUGACUAGUAAUUUCCCUUAUCUUCCUGUCCUUUUUAUAACAUCGUGGAGGAAGACUCUACAGCAUAAAAAGGACAUUAUUUGAUUAAAAACUGAUUAACUUUUUCUAACAUGUGGUAGCAUUUAUAGCAGAGGGAAGUUUAAAGACAGGAAGAAAUGUCGGAGGGUUACACACAAAAACACAGACACACUUGAUGAGGCACCCUGCGUUAUGUGAACACAGUUUCCCCCUCUGUUAAGACUAUAAACUACACUGUAUGAGUACAUUUAGUGCAUGUUUGCAAAAUGCAGUGUUUUUUUAUAUGUGAGACUAAACUUACCACAAAGCAUUUUGAAAUCGUACUACAUUUUCGUGCGUGUGGUGGUAGGUUUGCCUACUAACUUAAGGAUGUCUGUUCAGUGUAGGCAAUGGAAUGUUUUUGAGGAGGUUGCUGAAGUUGUUAUCUAAAAAUAUAUCUAUGAAUUUGUUUAGAGGAAGUAAUGCUUAAUAUAUAAAGUAUUUUCAGUAAAUGUGGAGAUAUACCAGUUAAUAGAUUAGUGGAAACACCCAAAUUUCUGAGAGCACUAGGCUGUGAACUGUAGCCAUCUCCCCUGAGCUUAGGGGACUCAUUUUCACAUUCUUUACAUUCAUUGCACAUAUGUUGAACUUAUGUAAUAACCCUUUCCUGAUCUUGAGAACUAAUUUAGCAGUUUCUUAAAAAUAUUCCUCCCCCUUCCAUACAGAUGUCAUAUGGUAAAGUUUAAACAUAUGUACAGUUUGUUGAUAGACUCAAAAGUGCUGGUUUAGAAGAGAAUGUUCUUAACACCUUAUGGUUAUGCAGCUAUAAUCUUGCUGAAAAUUAAAUACUAUAAGCAAGUCAAGAGAGCGUGGACCUCCUGCAUGUUUUUUUUAAAUUAUAUCCUGUGCCCGUAUAUACCUCCCCUCAGUGGUGACAUGACUGUCCCCAUUUGGGAACUGUAUUUACGUAUGUAACUGAAACUGGAAAGCAGUGUUACAAAAAUAUAUAGGAAGAGGAACUAUAAUGCAUAAUCACCAUAACUAUAACACUUUCUCUCCUAAACAUAUUGAUAAUUUCUAAAAAGCAUCAUUUUUUUAUAGCCCUGUAUAAAUGAAUGAUAACUUGACAGUACUAUUGGUGGUGAAAAGUUUCCUUUGUUUUUAAAUUAAAGUAUUUAUACAUCAUCACUGAGUAUCUUUGGGAAGGAACAUUUUAAAGUUUUCUCCAUAGAAGGCAAAAUAGAGGCACUUGUUUGAAAAGUAAUCAAAAAUGAUUUACUUUAAUACUGGAUGAGUUGAUAGUCUAAUUGUUGACACUUUCUUGGUAUUUGUGAUAUCGGAUGCAUUUACGAUGGAGGAAUUUUAAAAGUUCUGUACGUCUCUCAAACACAUGCACACACACGAGCUCUACCAAUAUAAAAUUCCACAGUAUUUUUCAUUUCAGUCAUAUAACUAGGUAAAAUUCAUAGGAUCCUACUGUAAAGUAUUAACUCUCAAUUCUAAUCAUUCUAGAAUGAGGGGAUCAACUUUACCUUGAAGUUAAUCAAUGAAAAUGUUUUUAUUCACACAGCAAAAAUAUAGUUUACCUGAUAGGUAUUAAAAACUCACUUUCAAAUUGUGUUAACUCUCAGACCACUGAUGAAUCAUUUAGUAAACCACAGUGCAGUUUUUAAAAGCUAAAUGAUGCCUUAGUGCCUUGGAAGUUAAGAUACUUUCGCAAAGUGAAUUUAGUAAGAUUCAGGAUUGGUACACCUAUUGCUGGGGAUUCAGAGGUGAGGAACAGUGUAAUUGAAUUAGGUCCCUGCGGUUUAGUAAAAAUCAGUUAUUUCACCAUUGACUAUGACAGAUGACAACUGCUUUCAUUACAUUUUCAUGAUGUGGUAUUUGUCUUCUUUUCUUUUUCCAAGUAAGUUUGAAAUGAGAGAAAAUGUCAAGACAAUUAAACGUGGAAUUUUAAAAUUCGGUUUUGUUGUAAAUUAGAGAGUCUAGCGUGAAAAGUGUGAGCUUUAUAUUGUAGUACAAGGGCAGACACUUCAUGUAACUUUUAGGAAUAUGUUUACCAUCAGGGAUUUUUUUGGGUUUUUUUACUAUAGAAAUACUUAACGUACUGUGAAGCUUAAAGACAGGAAGAAGCAGCCUUGGAGGGGUAACGCAUAAAAACAAAGGCGUAUGUGAUGAAGUAUCCUACAUUAUGUGAACACAGUUUUCCCCCUUCUGUUAAGACUAUAAACCACACUGUAUGAGUAUGUGUACUGCAUGUUUACAUAAUACAGUUUAAUUUUGAAGGGUUAUUUAAAAAGUAUGUUUAUUUAUAAUACCUAACAAGCUGUAAAUAUUGUAUACUAUUGAUUUUUAAUUUUAUAUAAGCAAUUUUUUAUUUCCAAUUCAUGUACAAAUCUCAUUGUGUAUAUAGCAUAAUUUCCUGGAUAACACAAACUUUGCAGUGAAUUUUAAUUAUUUUAAUUGUAGUAAGCAUAGAAAUGUUGCUCUUUAUUUUAAAUUAUUUUUCACCACUCAUUUUCUUCAAAGGGCAGCAAUAAAUAUAUGCAAGUUAUUUUUGAUUAUAGAAAGUUGGUCUGCAAAGACAAGAUCUAGAUUCCAAUUCACUGCUUUAAAGAAAAGAUGCACAAUUAACAUCAUCCACUGUCUAAUCUCAGGACCAUUUCUGAGGUCCACAUGUGUCUCUCCUCUUUGUAAUAUACAGGGUGAACUCUUUACUGAUACACACAAAACAACUGUUAAAAGUGAAUCCAGCACUUAAAUGUCAUUACACAGAAUUUAUUGGAUUAAAAAUUUGUAAUAUACAGUAUUUUAAUAAAGUUUCUGUAUUCAGUUUCAUGCGCUUAUAUAUAAAUAAACCUGUCUUCAAAAGCU